AUACAAGGGCAAUUUCCUGUCCCCGCAACACUACUGGUUUCUCUUCUUGAUACAAGCAGAUUUGCCAGCCUCCUCCGUCGAGGGCAGCAUCACUCCCGAAACGGAAACAGGACACUUUUAAGAGAAUGCCAAAGUAUAUGAAAAUAAAACCUGUGUACUCAUAUUUGCACCAAACUCCAAUCUCCUGUGAGAUUCAAAAGGACAAACUGAGAGGCUGUGACCUUUCAAGAAAGCUAAACAGCCCAUGAUAUUGAGCACGAAGACUCCUGAUGGUCAAAUUCAGUUCAAUGCUUUCAGUCACCUCCAGGGGCCUGGAUUCUGACUUCUAGUGGUGAGAGUCCAUGUAAAAACUUCAUCUAUAACCACUCUCUAAAUGCAUUAAUGAGUUGAUUAGAACUUCAAAAAACAAGGACAAUCUAAAAGAAGCAAACAACAACAACAACAAAAAAAACCUCCUAGCCAAAUAAAUAAGUAAAUAAAAGACUUUAACAUUGAAAACUUAAACAAGGCAAGGCUUCUUUUCAUGUUUACAGCCCAAGAAGUAAUGUAAUUGCCACUAUAAAAAAAUGACGAUGAACAGCACGUGUGUCGAAGAACAGCAUGAUCUAGAUCACUACUUGUUCCCAGUGGUCUACAUAUUUGUGUUUAUAGUCAGCGUCCCCGCCAAUGUUGGGUCGUUAUGUGUAUCCUUUCUGCAAGCAAAGAAAGAAAACGAGCUAGGAAUUUACCUCUUCAGUUUGUCACUGUCAGAUCUGCUGUAUGCACUGACUCUGCCCCUGUGGAUCAAUUACACUUGGAAUAAAGACAACUGGACCUUUUCUCCCGCCUUGUGCAAAGGCAGCGUUUUCUUCACGUACAUGAACUUUUACAGCAGCACGGCCUUCCUCACCUGCAUUGCCCUGGACCGCUAUUUAGCCGUCGUCUACCCACUGAAGUUUUCUUUUCUAAGGACGAGAAGAUUUGCAUUCAUGACCAGCCUGUCUAUCUGGAUAUUAGAGUCCUUCUUUAACUCUAUGCUUCUCUGGGAAGAUGAAACAAGUGUUGAAUACUGUGAUUCGGAGAAGUCUAACUUCACUCUGUGUUAUGACAAAUACCCUCUGGAGAACUGGCAGAUCAACCUCAACCUGUUUAGGACGUGCCUGGGCUACGCAGUGCCUUUGAUUACCAUCAUGAUCUGCAACCAUAAAGUAUACAAAGCUGUGCGGCACAACCAAGCCACGGAAAACAGAGAGAAGAGAAGGAUCAUAAAGUUGCUGGCUAGCAUCACGUUGACUUUCGUCCUAUGCUUUACCCCCUUCCACGUGAUGGUGCUCAUCCGCUGCAUCUUGGAGCGCAAUAUGAACUUCAGUGACAAGUCUGGAAAGCAGACUUUUACGGUGUACAGAAUCACAGUGGCACUGACGAGUCUAAACUGUGUCGCUGAUCCAAUUCUGUACUGUUUUGUGACUGAGACAGGGAGAGCUGAUAUGUGGAACAUAUUAAAAUUGUGUACUAGGAAACACAAUAGAUCACAAGGACAAAAGAGGGACAUACUUUCUGUGUCCACAAGAGAUACCAUAGAAUUACAGAUUAUAGAGUAGAAGAUAGAGGCAGGUUAAGUUACAUGGUAUUAUAUAAUAAAAAUUAUGUUUUUCAAAGGAAAUCUGGCAUAGGAGAACCAAGCAUUCUGAGUGAAUACUUUAUCCUACCCUAGUGGAAAUAUUUUAAAGGUACAUUGUACAACUCCUACACUGAUUUUCAUUAAAUAAGGUAUGAAGAUGUAUUAUUUUAUAAUGACUUGGGGUCAUCCUUGUUGGUAGAAAUUCUUUGUCUAUAACCCCUAGUGUAAGAGUGUUAGUCUUUAAAUCAGUGGCCAUUAUGUCUGAUGGUUAUGGUUUGGUUGUUGUCUUUGGAUUUUCAGACUGUCGACCACCAGUUCUCUCAUCGCUAGAAACUUGUCUCUAACAAAUGCAACUACUAAAUACAAUUUCUAAUCCAUUCAUUAACAAUAUUGAAGCCAUUCCAUGUACUGGGAUUUCCCCCUAAGUACUGGGGUUGUGAAAGAAAUGUUCUCAUGAAACUUCAUGAAGUUUACAUCGAUUGGGGAACCUAGUCACCAAGUCAUAUGAAGUAAAAGAAAACGGACUUUGUAUUUUGGUCUUGGUGUCUUUACAUUUAUAACUGAAUACAUGAUGUAAGUUUCCAUCCAGACAAAUAGAUAUUUAUAAGCAAUCUUUCACCCACCCAUAGGCUUUCCUUUUGACUUAGAAUAUGUAAAGAAUCUUGAUAUAGUAUAUCCUUUCAAAUCGUCAUUGUGGAAUUUACCCUGCCUAGUGUUAGUUGGGCACUGUGUAGGCAUUUGUUUUAACCAAAGAAUUUUUGAAGGUUUUUUUUUUUCCUACCCUACUUUUCCCUUUGCUCUUCUCUUUCCUAUAUAUUCUUCCUCCUCCUGCAGAAAUGACCAGCUAGAAAGUGUCCUGACACCACUUUGGAGCUAUGCAUCAUGAAACAAAAGCUUGAUAAUCACAAGGACCCCUGUGCUCACUGCAGGAUGUGUGCAUAUAUGGUAGUAGUUUUCCACUGGUCUUCCAUGAUGAUGUGUGUGCACAGUAGAAAGCUACAUUGCCUUUGUGCCAUAUACCCAGGCACUGUUCAUUGCAUUUUUCUGCUCAAAAUGCUUUCAUAGAGUUAAUACAUUCUGACUGCACUCCAAAACACAUAUAUGCUUAAAGACUAAAGAUACAGUAUUCAAAAGAAGAGUAGCUAAAAUCAUUUGAGCUGCUUGGUUAAUUUUGGGUAAGUUAUUGGUGGCCUGUAAAAAUGCAUUUAAAGGUAAAAAGUCCAGAAGUAACAUUUUGGCCACAUAUGAAAAACUCAUAUGUAGAUUGAGUGACCUCAAGAUCACAAAGAUCCAGACCUUGAACCUGGAAUCCUGACUUGAUUUCCAGACUUGACUUGUCCCUUUAUGAUAUUUUAAAAAUACUUUUAAAAAAUGAUUUCUUUCUUUAUGCAUGAAAAAUUAAUAGAGUUGUUGAGGUUAGGUCAAAAGGGGGAAUGAGAGGUUUAUCACUAAUUUAUACCUCUGGAAGUAUAAUUCUGAUAGUAAUUAUACUGAUUUGUUUUAUAUAUAUAUAUAUAUAUAUAUAUACUUGCUUGGGAUUUUUCUUUAGUCAGUUAUUGGAAGAGACACAACAAAUACAAACUUACACAACCACUGUCAAGAACAUAAGAUAAUUAACACUAAAAUGUUGAUUUAUCAGGUUGUAGAGUUAAUUUACCUAGAGCCAGGCUGUCAAAACCUGCUAGCAACCUGUGAGCAGGGGCGGUAAAGUCAGGAGGUUUCUCAUAUGAUUUAGAACAGACAGCACUCUAGACAUGACUGAAGGCAAUCAGCAUCGGAAAGUUAACCCUCGGAUCUUUAAAAAGACUUCCAGAGUUCCUCAUUAAGAUUUCCCCCAUUAAUCUGAAAGUCUUUCUGGGAGGGCAAAGAACUUCUAGCUGUAGCGACCUGGUACUUUUUGAUAAAGCACCUAGGUUGGAAAGCAAAUUCUUCCACUGACCAGUUGUUGGAAAAUUUGCAUGAUUUCCCCAAAGCUUGUUUUCUACAAAAUGCAGAAACAGCAGCUCCUGCUCUUAAGGCUUCUUUAUUUUAAUCUUAGGUGUGUGGGUGUUUUGCCAGCAGGUAUGUCGGUAUUCCAUGAUGGCAUCUGUUUUUACCAGGCAGGCAGGAGAAAGGGGCACUGAUGUGAGCUGGUAGUUACACCUGUUCUCCUCAGAACUGUGGACAGCUACCUAAGAAGUAGAAGUGUCUUCAUAGAACCCUAAGAGUAGAUUAUAGCCAUGAGAACCAGUUGGAGCUGGCUCAGGACAUGGCUAUUAUAUUCUCUAGAUGGUCAAACACUGGCAUUCAGGCAAUUCAAGGUCCUUCAUGUUUUCUGGUUCUUUGGAAAAUUCUCAAUAGUGACAGUUCCUGGGCAUUCCCCACCCCGAGGAGACGUACUGAAGGCGUCAACACACAGGUAGAUAGCCAUUUUAAUUUAUUUGCAUAUGCGACUUCUGGUUUUUUUUUUCUUAUUCAAAAUGAGAUUUUUUUAAAAAACAAAACGUACGUUUUUUAGAAAACCAGAGAACAGACUACCUGCAGGUGGGGUUUCUUUGUUUUGU